UGGUGGAUAUAGGAUAGUUUUGAAUUUAGAGAAACUUAAUUUACACAUUCCAUAUAUCCACUUUAAAAUGGAGGAUUUUGAACUUGCGAUCAAGCUCAUUCAUGCAGGUGACUUCUUGGCGUCAGUGGAUUUAAAACAUGCCUAUUACUCAGUCAAGAUAGCGGAGGAACAGCAAAGAUUUUUCUGUUUCACAUGGCAAGGGGUUAUUUACCAAUUCAAUUGUUUGCCUAAUGGGGUGUCACCAGGCCCUAGAAUUUUCACAAAACUUAUGAAGCCAGUUUUUUCACAUUUGAGGAACAAAGGUUAUACUAUCACCAGUUACAUAGAUGAUUCACUUAUCUGCAACAGCUCACAAGCAGUUUGCCUCGCUUGUGUGCAGGACACUGUUUCCCUUUUCAGGAGACUGGGUUUUUGUAUCAUUCCUACUAAAUCUAUUGAAUACUUAGGCAACAUUAUCAACACUGACACUAUGAAAAUUUCUUUGCCAGAAAGAAGAGUUUCUAAAAUUCGUCUUGCUUGUGAGGAUCUUAUGCACAAGUCGGUUGCCCAGAUUAGACAGGUUGCACGGGUGAUAGGUAUUUUGGUCGCUGCCACCUCUGCGGUCGUUCUGGGAAAACUCCAUUAUAGAGUUCUUGAAAGGGCCAAGAUUCAUGCUUUACAUCACUCUCAUGGGAAUUUUGAUGCUAUGAUGCCUAUUUCUGAGGAGAUGAAACAAGAAUUACUCUGGUGGUGCAAAAAUGCAGCAGUACAGGAUAGGAUUAUUUUCAGGCCGGCUGCAGAACUUGAAUUGUUCACAGAUGCUUCCAAUAUUGGUUGGGGUGGCAGCCUUAACCAGGUUUCUACAGGUGGUAGUUGGUCUUUGGAGGAAACUUCAUUACACAUCAAUGCUCUUGAACUUAAAGCAAUUUUAUUUACUCUGCAGGCAUUUUGGCAGGAAGUUAAGGAAAACAUAUUAAAAUUUUUUGUGACAAUUCUACAGCUGUUACUUAUGUGAAUGAAAUGGGAGGUACCAAAUCUCUGCCCUGCAAUGAUCUUUCUAUACUCAUUUGGGACUGGUGUGUUGAUAAUGAAGUAUGGAUCACAUGUUCACACAUCCCGGGGAAAGCUAACUAUGAGGCAGAUGAGGCUUCUCGCACUUUCAAUUCUUGGCACGAGUGGAAAUUGGAUGUCAAUGUUUUUAGUUCUCUCUGUUCCACUUUUGGUACCCCCUCUAUUGACCUGUUUGCAUCUAGGCUUAACAAACAGAUACCUAUUUUUUGCUCAUGGAAACCUGACCCUGAGGCAACUUAUUUUGAUGCUUUCUCUCUUAACUGGACAAAUUUUACUCUUCCUUAUCUUUUCCUCCUUUUCCUUGAUCUCUAGGUGUUUGCAGAAGAUGGGGGCAGAGCAGGUCAAGGGGUGGAUAGUGGUCCCACUCUGGAGAUCACAGCCUUGGAUGGGCAGGCUGCUCCAUAUGCUGAUAGAUCACCCCAGACUGCUCAGGAAAUCAAAGAACAUUUUGAUGCAUCCCUGCUCAGCAGAAACACACCCUAUCUUGACACACACUCGGUUGAUGGCGUGCCUUCUUUCCGGGACUCCCUCAGAGUGCGAGGCAUACAGAAGGAAGGUGCGGACAUCAUCAUGGCGUCUUGGAAGCCAGGAAGUGUCAGAUCGGCAGCGGCUUCAAAGGCCAAGGCUCUAGCUGUCCCCAUCGGUACUAUCAUGGCGAAAGCGGGAUGGUCUCGGGAAUCAACCUUUGCUAGAUUUUAUGACAAGGGUAUUGUAG